AUGGCGGCCUCGGACAAAGCUCCAGAUGCUAACACCAUUGGCACAAGUAGCAGCGAUAGCCAAAGGCAACAUGAGCUGGAUAACUUGAUCGACCUAAGGGAAGAGCUGAUCAAUCUAUCCCAAAUUGAUUUAGUUCUUGCAAAAAAGAUGUCUUUGAUAAAUGCUGCCAUUGAUGAGAUUGGUAUGACUCCAUUCCAAUGGAAGUUGUUUUUCAUGAACGGAUUUGGGUAUGCCGUGGAUUCUCUCCUAGUAGUUUGCCAAAAUAUCUCGCAGGUUGCUGUGGAUCAGGAAUAUCGCAGCGGCAAUGCGAAAAUACAAGGCGUCUCACUAGCAUCCCAGAUUGGGUUGCUCGUAGGUGCUGCUAUCUGGGGGUUCUCCGCGGAUGUGAUUGGCCGCAAGCUUGCAUUCAAUACCAGUUUGCUUGUGAGUGCUAUAUUUGUUCUUAUUGCGGGUGCGAUGCCCGAUUAUGUCUCUUUUUGUGCCAUGGUUGCUAUUUACUCAGCUGGAGCCGGCGGAAACUACAUCCUCGAUGCAACUAACUUCCUGGAAUUCCUUCCGACUGCUCAUUCCUGGCUUGUGACUGCCAUGGCAAUGUGGUGGGCGGUGGGAUACACGAUCGCAGGUUUGUUUGCCUGGGCAUUCAUGAGUAACUUCAGCUGCGAUCCAGAUGCCACGAUGGAAACAUGUCGCCGCUCUCAAAACAUGGGAUGGCGAUACCUCCAUUUUACUUGCGGUGGUCUGGUCGUAGUUAUGAGUAUUGUUCGAGUUUUGUUCAUUCGGAUGGUGCAGACGCCAAAAUGGCUGAUCAGCCAGAACCGCGACGAUGAGGCGUAUCAGAUUCUCGUGAACUUGUCCGAAAAAUACAAUCGGCCCUUUAAUCUCACUCUUCAGCAGCUUGAAUCACAGGGACAAGUCAUCGACACCGAGAAGUCAGCCUGGUCGAAAGUCCGGCUUGUUAGCCAUAUCUCUAGCCUAUUCAGCACGCGCCGGCUCGGCUAUUCCACUGUGGUGAUUAUCCUGAACUGGCUAAUUAUUGGAACAGUCUCGCCGCUCUACGGCCUUUUCCUGCCAUUCUACCUCAAAAUGCAGGGGGCCAAGACCGGAGACGACUCCAACUACACGACCUGGAGAAAUUAUGCAAUCAACCAAGUCGCCGGGCUUGUUGGCCCCGCAAUCGCCGGAUUUCUAGUUCAAACACGCUUGUUUGGCCGCAGGGGAACGCUAGCCAUCGGUGCUGCUAUCACCACUGCACUUCAACUGGGCUAUACGCAGAUCAAAACACCAGCACAGAACUUGGGCUUAUCGGCUGCUAUCAGUGGCGCAUCCAACAUCUACUACGGUACUAUUUAUGCGUAUACUCCUGAAAUCCUUCCCGCUGCUCACCGUGCGACUGGAUAUGCUAUUUGUGUGGUUUUCAAUCGGGUUGGGGGUAUCGUGGGCGUGCUGGUUGGCAGCUACGCCAAUGUGAACACGGUCGCACCGCUGUUCAUAUGUGCCGGCUUAUAUGGAGGUUUGGUUGUCACGAGUCUCAUGCUUCCGCUCGAGAGUCGCGGCAAGAGGACAGUUUAG